CGUGCGUCUGUUGAGUCGUCAGUCAACGCAAGUCUGAACGCAAGUAUUAUAACCUGUUGACCCUUGGACAAUAAAUCAAUUAGUGAACGCGAGUCAUAUUCUGUGUAUGGACUUAAAGAACGCAAAUCUGCUUGCGUCUUCAAYAUCAUCAGUUUGCUGUGACCACGUAAAGGUAUUCUAAACAUGAACGCAAAGGAAGGAAGAUGUUUCUUGUGUCUCGAACAGGACAACAAUAUCAAGAUAUCUUUAUGUGAAGAUUGUGUUUAUAAUUUUGUGUGCAAAAGAGGCAGAAACGGAAAUCAAGAAUUGGAGGAUCCUGGGAGCCUGAUUCAUCUUGAAUCACUUAAUGGUCACAUUUCWAAAGAGAGCACUUUAAAUGGAGUUUGUCAUGGAGAAGACGGUGAUUCAAGAGCAARCRGRGUUAUGAGUGAAAUCCAUCUGGAAAACCAAGAAAUUAAAUUGUGUUCUAAUUCUGAAUAUCUAUGUACUGAUGUGAUGACGAAAGACCUAAUGAAUAACAAGAAAACAGCACUGGGAACUAUGAAUAAACUGRUGGAUGAAUUCCACRAGAWGCAGUCKGUUUUGAACAACAAAAUCCACAGACUUAAUCUGACCCUUGAUCGAAACAAUGAAGAAAUUGAAGAAAUAAAAGCAGCAAUCCAAACCACGACUUUACAACUGAAAAUCUUGAUUACUGAUCAAGAAAAUGUGCUUUUGUCAUGUCUGGAUAGCUACUUUAGUCAAGUUUCUCGUCAAGUAACAAAACAGAAAACCGAUUUACAGACAGCACUAGAAGAGGUCAACGAGAGCAUUAAAAUCACUCAAGAAAUGCUUAGAAAAAAAGGUGAAACGAAGCCUGCACGUGUUYCACUGAGRGCCCACAAACAACUUAUCAAAUCUGACGAUGAUUGUGGWAUAAGCGAUGAUGCUGAUGYUCAUGAUGAUGAUGAGAGAUCYGCUUUGUUACCAGAUCCYCCUAACCAAAKGCUUAUUCCAGAGACGUUUAGUUAUUUGAUGUCAUUUGAAGGUCAGUUAGGAGAACCAGUGGGAGUCACUUCAACUCMAGAUGGGUUGGUGUAUGUUGCUGAUUACAAUAACGAUUGURUCCAGGAAUUUKACCUUACUGGCCAAGUUAUUCGUACACUUACUCAUGUUACUGCUGAAAGUGGUCGUCAAACGCCAUUUCUGUGCCCGACAGGACUAGCUUGCGAUAAGACAGGUAAUUUAGUGAUAGCUGAACGUGGAAGACACCGUAUAACCGUCAUGUCUMCCGAUGGAAAACUGAAGCACAAGUUUGGUAAGAUGGGAAAAGCACACUCCCAGUUGCGUGACCCUCAUGGCGUUACAGUAGACAGGAUAGGACGCGUCAUUGUAGCGGACACGUCUAAUAGUCGAAUCCAAGUCUACGACAAAAGCGGUGACUUUGUAUUCGCGUUUGGAGACAAAGGAGAAGAAAAACUAGACUAUCCUACUUACGUUGUCUUUCACAAAGGACACUUCUUUGUAUCAGAUACUGAUAAUGACGCAGUAAAAGUCUACAACAAGGAUGGUUGCUACCUCCGUCGSCUGUCUGACCAUGUAGAGGGGGCUUUCAGUGCCCCUUCUGGUCUAGCUAUCUAUCAAACAGAAUACAUCCUUGUGUGCGACUACAACAAUGAUUGCAUUAAAAUGUUUUCACUCRAUGGGCAAUUCAUCUGUAAAUUUGGUAGUACUGGGUCGGGACCUGGACAAUUCUCUGGUCCUGAAGCAAUCACUGUGUCACGUGACAAUAGGAUCAUAGUAACAGACAAGAACAAUAGCAGGGUCCAAAUCUUUGAAAGUCAAAUCUAUUUCAUUGCUUCAAUAUAGKAAGACGUCGUUCAAACCCGAUAAUUUACCAUGAUGACUUCAAGAACAAAUUGAUCAGUUAGAUGACGCUAAAAAAACAACAAUCUGAUGAUGAUAAAAAAAUCGAGUACAGAGCCAGGAUAGUCGAACCCAAUUGUCGCAUGGAUUUACAUUAGGGGAUAGGUUUCUUUAAUAAAAGUACAGCUU